CGGGGGGCUCAGUGCCGGUGCUCCCGCUGCCCCCGGUACUCCCGUCGCUCCCGGUGCUCUGCUCUCCACCGCCGCCGCCGCCCCAAGCCUCGCCGCUGUCCCACCGCCACCAUGGAGGCCAUCAAGAAGAAGAUGCAGAUGCUGAAAUUGGACAAGGAGAAUGCCAUCGAUCGCGCCGAGCAAGCAGAGGCCGACAAGAAGCAGGCAGAGGACCGCUGCAAGCAGCUGGAGGAGGAACAGCAGGGCCUGCAGAAGAAACUGAAGGGCACGGAGGAUGAGGUGGAGAAGUACUCUGAGUCUGUCAAGGAGGCCCAGGAGAAGCUGGAGCAGGCGGAGAAGAAAGCUACAGACGCUGAGGCUGAAGUGGCUUCUCUGAACCGCCGUAUCCAGCUGGUAGAGGAGGAGCUGGACCGAGCCCAGGAGCGCCUGGCCACUGCCCUGCAGAAGCUGGAGGAGGCUGAGAAGGCAGCUGAUGAGAGCGAGAGAGGCAUGAAGGUCAUCGAAAACAGAGCCAUGAAAGAUGAGGAGAAGAUGGAGCUCCAGGAAAUGCAGCUGAAGGAAGCGAAGCACAUAGCAGAGGAGGCUGACCGCAAAUAUGAGGAGGUUGCCCGCAAGCUGGUUGUCCUUGAGGGAGAGCUGGAGCGCUCGGAGGAGAGAGCCGAGGUGGCAGAGAGUAAAUGUGGUGACCUAGAGGAGGAGUUGAAAAUUGUCACCAACAACUUGAAGUCCCUGGAAGCCCAGGCUGAUAAGUAUUCCACCAAGGAGGACAAGUAUGAGGAGGAAAUCAAGCUUCUAGGUGAAAAACUGAAGGAGGCAGAGACCCGGGCGGAGUUUGCGGAGAGGUCUGUGGCGAAGCUGGAGAAAACCAUUGAUGAUCUAGAAGAGCGCUCCCGGCGGGAGGCCGAGAAAAACCGCAUUCUCACUAACGAGCUGCGGGUCAUUCUUAACGAACUUAACAACUGAGCCGCCCGGAGCUCCUGGCCCCAGCCCAGCCUCCCUGCCCCAGUCUGACCAAGGUGGCUAAGGGGUGCCAACCCCUGUCUGGUCCCUCUCAGGGAUAGGUGGGGUAUGGAGCCUUGGCUUAUCCCCUUGCGGGUAACCACCCUGCCUGGAGGGGACAGGGAGCCCUUCCGGAGCUGAUUGUUUUUCCUUAGGAGAAGAAUGAGGGGUUUUGUGAUGUCCUGGGAUGCCCAUGCGCUGAUGGUUGUUCCCUGGCAUCAGCCUUGUCCUGACAGGGAGGGAUGAGGUUUUUUGUAUCACUGCUUUCCUCCCCUGAUGCCAGGAGUUAAGUGGCCAGCCUCUUUCUCCUCACUCUAGUCACCGCAAACUGGGCAGGGAGGAUCUCCUCGAAGUGAGGUCUCAGCAGGGCGCUGGGAGGGCUGGGAUAGGAGCUAAGGAUCCAAUAGUACCUACCGACACAAAUUUGACGUAGGAGACAGCGAAGAGCCCAGCAGAGGGUGCUGGGAGAUGAGGCUGGGAGGGCAAAAUUCAUGUUUCAUUCCCUUCUCUGGAGCAGAGGAGGAUGGCAUCUGGAAACAAACACUGGAGGAGGCUGCCUUGACAGCAGGCUGCCUGGAAGGGCUUGUCCCUGCAGCUUCACUAUCUCUGCUCCUCUCUCUCUGCUGUCCUUUCUGAUCACCGUCCUGGGAUGCUGUCUCUCUCCUUUUCCUCAUGGAGCACCGCUGGGUCAUGCAGCAGUCACUGGCUCUCCUCUUUUGCUGGCCAAGGGUUUGUGCACCUGCCCACAGUCUGCCAGUGGUGAUGAUCAAGGGCAAGAUGUGCUGGUGGCUGGUCAAGGAAUGGUACUUGCCAGCAGCACCUGCACUGUGGAAGGCCUGGCCAUAGGCAACAGGGCACCAUAAAGGAUGGAGAUGCUGAAGAGUGGCAUGGGGACUACCUAACCAGUGACUAGCCUGGUUGGCCUGGCUGCCCUAUAAGGUUUUGGAGCAGCUGGGCUCAUCCCUGCCAGUGAUGGGGCUGUUUGUGCAGACUCUGCUCUGCAGGGAUGCUCAGUUGGAGGCUGCUGCCAUACUGAAACGUCCAUCUGUGUGCAUGUGUUUGUGCUUGUUGUGAUGUGCCUGGGUCUGGCUGCACCUGGGUACACUUGGGCUAUGUCUGUGUGUGGCUGGGUGUCCUUGUAU